CAAGAAUCGCUGCUAGCUAUAGGGCUGGUGAUGUGUUUGUUCCGUAUGUGUGCAGCACAUAUUUUGUUUAUGUGUGUAGUUAAACGCUCUUACAACACAUUGGUAUUCGCUAGUGGUGUUUAACGUUUUUAGAACUAAAGCUUAGACCAGGAAUUUCAACAGAGAUAAUUAAUUUGAUCAUUGACAUCGUUAUCUAGACAGAGAUAUUUUCGUAGCUGAUACCUACACGGAGCCUACACCAAAAACAAAGAAAAGACCCAACAACUACAACGGGAAGUUGGGGCAGUAAAGAAAUGCCAAAAGUCAACCCCAGUGUCAAUGUUACAGGGCCACCCGAAUGGACCCGGAACCUGAUAUUCAAAGAGGAACUGAACGGCGGUUUCACGGACCUGUCUGACGGGUUCUCGGCCGUCACCAAGUACCACAUCGUCAGGGAACGGAAGGGCGCGACCGUCACGGAUGGGCUCGGUGGUCGACGGGGAUGACGGCGGGGAAACACGUUUUCCAGGUGUACUGGCCCGACGAGGGUAACCGGGGCACCUGCUCGUGUGUGGGGGUGGGGUCAGCUGACGUCCUGCUCAAGCAGCCGGGCCGGGUCAGUCUGGUGGGUGACCACAGCCUGUCCUGGGGCCUGGACCUGACCAAGCGGCGCUCCAUCCACUUCAAGAAGAUGGAGCAGCGCCUUCACGCCCGCGUGCCGGAAAUUUUCUACAUGUACGUAGACCUGGACGGAGGGAACAUCGGCUUUGGGGAUGACGUUGUCCUACACCAGAAGUCCGCGGAGUUCUACGGCCAAAUACUGACCAACAUCCCAAAGAACAGCUCGCGACCUCUGUACGUCAUGGUCAGUUCCUGCAACCCAGGAGAGCAGAUUCAUGUCUACUAUAGGGGCACCGCAGUUCCCUCUGGUGGGUUUGACCUCUGCUACCCAAUCCAGCCAAUGGAGUUUCAGCAGUUUCAACAUAAACAACAACAACAACAACAGAUUCCGUACAUUGGCUUCAACCCAGCGCCGAUGGCACCUGUAGCUUCCAUGGCACCAAUGGCAACCAUGGCACCACUGACGCCCCCGCCCCCCUACGAGGAGUCAAUAGUUCCAGGCCCACCCAUUUACUUUGACCCUGUGAUUGCUAAAGAAGAGAAAAUUCCUCGAAAGAAAUUUUGAUGGAGCCUUGUCCUGGUACCGAUGUUAUAUCGGUUCACUCAACACUGUUUUCUUAUUUUUUUGGGUCACAUUUUCAUAUAGAUGAAGGUCAUAAUGCCAAAACGUCGUUGUUGUUUUUUUUUAAAUUUUAAAUUUUAACAUAGUUCUUUGUGAAUGUAAUAGCUUUAAUUAUAACAUACUUUAUAUACUUAUUUUAUGCGCACUUAAAAGAAAAGCAAUGCACCUUUUUAAAUAUAUUAUUAUGAUUAUUAUGUAACCUAGUCCUCUUUUGAGCCAAGGUUUUGGGGAUGUAGGGGAAGUAACUAUGUGAUUCAAUUCUGGGUGUUACUAUUGGAUAAAUUGUUCGUAUUAAAAUCCAGUUGACCUAAAAUAGAUUUUAAAAUUAACGAAUUAAGUAUGAAAGUCCAUUUGAAUAAAAUUGCGUAGUUCAUUAAAAUCUAUGUAUUAAUAAGUAGUUUAAGUGCAAAGCUUUUUUAUGCGGUAGCUGAUCAAGCAUUCAUUAACAUUUUUUCUCCUUUUUUUUCGGGCAUUUCACCUAGUGAACAUUAUCUGUAGAAAAUAUGUCAUGACAAAUAUAAUUAUUUCAUCUAGUGUACAUUCUCUGUUGAAAAUAUGUCAUGACAAAUAUAAUUCUAUUUACACAUCGUGUAUUUUAAUAAAAUAAAUAGACCAU